CGUAGUUCUCGACAAGCGAACGUACUUCUACACUUGGACAUACGAAAACCAGGUGACCCAUUCUUUGACCUUUGUCCCCAAAGGUCAAAAAAGCAUUUUAUCGCAACCGACCGACCGAAACUUUGCAGGAACUCUUUGCUAGACACAUUUAUGAUAAAUAAGAGCUAUUUAAAACCACCAUGGUGCUGGUGGGAAGCGUGGUUCUGCCUCACGGUACGAUGAUUUUCGACGGUGACCCGAAUUCGUCGAACGAGGCUUGUCGGCAGCGGCACGGCGCCCUGGACGACGGCAUGAAAACGGCAUGUUCCAAUUUGUACAAAGCUUGCAGCUCUGCUGGUGAGGAGGUCAGCCGUAUGACCCCUGACCUGGUUAUCCUCCACACGCCACACGGUAUCAGCCUGUCGAGGUCGGUGGGAGUGUACCUCAACCCAACCGCCGCGGGCACCGCGGAAUGGAACGACUGCUGGGGCGACAUCAAGCUGGAACUUCCGGUGGACAAUGUAUUGGCCAAUCAACUCCUUGCCCACCUGAGCGACAGCGGAAUAGACGCGCAAGGAAUUUGCUGUUUCACCAACUACGACGCCCCAUUGCGAUGGGGAGAGGUAGUGCCGCUUUGGUUCAUUCAAAAGAACCUGAAAAAUCCAACCAAGUACCUGAUAAUAAGCCAGUCCCUGUUGCGGGGAGAGGAGGCGGUGAAACAGCGGGUGUGUUUGGGGCGGGCCCUGUCAGCGUUCGUCGACAGCCUGUCCGACACACGUGUGGUACUGGCCAUCAGUGGGGACCUGUCCCACACCCAUCCACACAGCUGUGACGACCCGCUGUACCAGCCCAACCCUCGAUGGAACAUCGCGGUGGACCAGGAAGCCGCCGGGAUGUUUGGCAGGUGCACUGAAGGAUGGGCCAAGUCUGCACCUACGGACCUGCUGACAAGUCCUGUUGAGGACAUACAGGCAUCGGGGGAGAUAUGGGACCCAGUUGUGUCGGAGCAGUGGUUGAAGCGCGCUGACGAGCUCCACCCAAAGGCCUUGUCGUGCGGGAUCGGCGGCUUCUGGGUGCUUCACGCGAUGCUGUACUCGCAGGUCGAGCGGGGAGUUAGCUUCUCACACAGGUUCCUGGCCCGGGAAGCGCCGACCUACUACGGCAUGAUGGUUACACUGUUUCUGAAGAGGCUAUAAGAGAAUAGCACGUCGGCAGAACGUACUGCACCUGCGCGAACCCGGCCGUAAUGUAUUAAGAAGCGAUAAGAAGCAGGACCUGUACAUAUAUAGUUUUACUAUAGAUAUAUUUUAGUCUACCAUCGCUUAUGAGGUUAACACUCCGUCUGUAGUUUCCAAAUGUUAUGUCGGAAAAGAUAUUGUCUACAACGGACAAAAUUCUGAUGCAAUGUUGACGGAACAUCCAACGAAAACCGUGAAAAAUCAGGGUUUCGCACAGGCGCAGGAGUCAUAAGUUCUGCCGGCGUGCUUAAGAGCAUAGGAUGUUUAUACUCGACUCACUUGACUAGAACAAAAGUACUGUCUGUCUAAAAUGGCUUAAAAUCACUUCGCCUUACAAUACCGUGCCCUUAAUAGUAGAUUAACAACCCACUGCUGGAGGCUCAUAGAAAAUAAAGUCCCUAAUAAUUGACGAUCAUUAUUAAAUACAUACAGAAUUUGUCUUAAAAGCGUCAAGGUAUCUGAAUUCGAAAUAUGAGUAAUAGCACCACUAUGCAAUUCUUGCCUGUUUCUAGAUGGUGGGAAAUUUCAAUGAGAAAAUAUUGAAACGCAUCUGGAAUAAACUGUUGUCGAGAGGUGCCUGUCUUUGUCUGAGUUGCCCUAUAUUUUGGAAAUGAUUG